AUGUUCCAGCACUCAGCAUCUGUACCAAACUAUGCACAUCAGAGACCUACGGUUAUUGGCCGAAGCGUCAGCCAAAGAGAACCUAUCAAAGAAGAGUCACCUACAUUUUUCCCAGACCAACCCUACAACUAUGACCAAAACUUCCCCCGAAGCAGAUUGGGAAGCGAUGAACAAUGGCAACCACAGGACAACCAGAGACACAGAAAACCGACCAAUUUUCUCUCAUCAGCUGCAGAUCUCGAAUACUCCCAGCUAUCCAACAUCCUUCAGGACAACUUCAUGGGACUCAAUCCCAACCAUCUGGCGACAUCCACAGAAGGAACGCCAAAUUCUGUAAACAUAUCACCCGUCCUUUCACCACACGGAAUGUUGCAAAAGAAUGUUCCAUCGCCGUCAAACUUGGGAGCCAAUUCGUAUAGCGCUGGAGCGGAAACCACACAUCAGGCGCCCUCCCAAAAAGCGCAAAUCUACCAUGGAUCCGAGUUCCCUCGUUGCGACGUUCGCAUAAAUCAAUACUUUUUGGAGUUGUCUAACGAACGUUCGGCUUUUCCUGACGUUAUCCAAGCCAUUGAGGCUAUGAGGGACUCUGACCCUUCAGUUUUUUAUGAAAGAAAUCAGAAACUGGCCCUUUCGUUUGCGAUCGAAACCAACGCUGAGGACCAGACUGGACAUAUAAACGACGACAACGGCCUACAUUAUCUGGAACCAGAAAGCAUCUAUGCAACGGUGAAGAAACCAUUCUCUUAUACACCUGGCUUCCACAAGCUCAUUGCGUACUUACGAAGCCGGUUUCCAAAAGAAAUGCUCGUUAAAAUGGCCGAGUCAAUGGCCUCAUACAGACCUUCAUUUAUUGCGUGUACAAACUCGCUACGAGAGGCUGACCUCAUUUUUAUGGAGCAGUGUUUCCAGCGGACCCUUCUCACUUAUGACAACUUCAUCAAGGUCAGCGGAACACCCACAAUCGUUUGGCGAAGAACAGGCGAGAUUGCCUAUGUGGGUAGAGAAUUUAGCAUACUCACUGGGUGGACGAAAGACCAGCUAAUGGGUCAAAAGAUCAAUUUCAUUGUGGAAUUACUAGACGAUAAAUCUGUUGUGGAGUACUUUCAGCUUUUCCUGAGAAUCGCAUUUGGCGACUUCCUUGGUGCUACAAUGACAGAGUGCACCCUUCUCACACCUAAGCAUGAUGUGAAAAUACGAACGGGCUGCAUUUGGACCUUGAAAAGAGAUGUCUUUGGUAUUCCCAUGAUGGUGAUCGGGAAUUUCUUGCCUAUAGUAUAA